UACUACAUCUCUCCUACAUCACGCUUCUUUGAUUUGAGAUUUCUGCUAUCUUUGUCUUCCUCUAGAUUCUAUCUAUCACUGUUUAGGUUUGAAAAUCAGAGAGAGCUGACAGCUAUUACCCUUUGACAGAAAAAAAAAAAGAAAAAGAAAAUCAAAAUCUUUGGAAGAGGAAUUAUUAAAAAAAAGGGUUUGGUUUGGAAGUUGAAGGGGACCCGUUUGAUGAAAGUUUGUUGAGAUUAGGUUCUCAGGGCACUGUUGCUGGCUACCCUUUUCUUUGUUCUGCUUCUUCAGCUCACCUUUGAGCUUAAAUUUCAAACCUUUCUUGUUUCUGCUGCACCAAGUAAACAAAGAUUUCGUUUUUGUGCAAAAGGGUUUGCCUUUGGGGGUGUGUUGUUGUGAGUCCUGAGAGUUCCCGUCGGAAUUUUUUUUUUUUUUUUUUCAUGUUAAAUGGUGUGUGUUGAGUUGAGUUUUGAGGUGAAGGGUUUUGUUUUGUUUUUUUUUGGGGGGGUGGGGGGGGUCAAAGAUCUUACAUUUCAGGUGGGGACUGAGGGAUCUCACACACCCCUCUACUUGUGUUGUUGAUUGUUUUUCUCUUUCAUUUUUUUAAUGGCCACUGUUGAUUGCUUCGUCCGCAAGCUGUUGCCAUAUGGUCCCUGUUCUACUUUCUUUGGUGUUUGGGGAUAUGGGAUAUAAGUAUCUUCAAUUUGGGCAUCUUAUCUCUUUCUUCAAGGGUGGUGUUUCUGAAUCUGCUUUCAGAUUGAGUAGGGGUUCUCCCACUAUCUAGAUCUCUCUCUUGUUCUUGGGAUUUGGUUCUGGUGGGGAUUGGUGAUCCAAAUCUUUUCCUUGAAAUUGGGGCUUUUCAUUUGCAAGGUGCGAGUUGUUGUUUGGUGCAGUUUGAGGGCUGAAACUUGAAAGUCUUGUAGCUGUGACAAAAAAGUGACUUCUUCUCAAGCACAGCAAAUCACUUUUCAGUGAUACUACUACUAGCUUCUGCUGUGUUCAUGAUUCUGAGCUGAGUAUAUCAGCUUGGUUUCAGCAAUGGUGCUGUUCAGAUGUUUCUCAGUGACACUUUUGCAGUCGUGUUUCUUGGCUUGCUUGCUUUGCUUGUCACUAGGGCUUAAUAAUAAUAAUAAUAAUCAAGCCCUAUCCUGUGACCCUCAUGAUUUAUCAGCUCUUAAGGAGUUUGCAGGCAACCUUACAAGUGGCUCUAUCAUCACAGCAUGGCCCAAUGACACUUUCUGCUGCAACUGGCUUGGAGUUGUUUGUGCUAAUGUGACUGGUGAUGCUGGUGGAACAGUUGCUAGUAGAGUGACCAAGUUGAUCCUACCAAAAAUGAGUCUCAAUGGUACAAUUUCACCCUCUUUGGCACAGCUAGAUCAACUCAAUGUGCUGAAUCUUUCAUUCAAUCACCUUAAGGGUGCUUUGCCUGUGGAGUUCUCCAAGUUGAAGCAGUUGAAGUUCCUUGAUGUGAGCCAUAACAUGCUGUCUGGACCUGUUGCUGGAGCUCUUUCUGGUUUGCAAUCCAUUGAAGUGUUGAAUAUUUCUAGCAAUUUACUUACUGGAGCUCUCUUCCCUUUUGGGGAAUUCCCUCAUCUCCUUGCUCUCAAUGUGAGUAACAAUUCAUUCACUGGCGGAUUCAGUUCACAAAUUUGCAGUGCCUCCAAGGAUCUUCACACCCUUGAUUUGUCUGUAAAUCAUUUUGAUGGCGGUCUUGAAGGCUUGGACAACUGCACCUCUCUCCAACGGUUGCAUUUGGAUUCCAAUGCAUUCACUGGUCAUCUUCCAGAUUCCUUGUAUUCAAUGUCAGCCUUGGAGGAACUCACAGUUUGUGCCAACAAUUUAUCUGGCCAGUUAAGCGAGCAACUAAGUAAGCUCUCUAACCUAAAAACUUUGGUGGUUUCUGGGAACAGGUUUUCUGGGGAAUUCCCAAAUGUGUUUGGGAACCUUUUGCAGCUAGAAGAAUUAGAAGCACAUGCCAAUUCAUUUUUUGGACCCUUGCCUUCCACCUUGGCUUUAUGCUCUAAGCUUAGGGUGCUUAAUCUUAGAAAUAAUUCCCUGUCAGGGCAAAUUGGUCUUAAUUUCACUGGCUUGUCUAAUCUUCAAACACUUGACCUUGCUACUAAUCAUUUCUUUGGACCCCUUCCAACUUCCCUGUCCAAUUGCCGCAAAUUGAAAGUUUUAAGCCUUGCUAGGAAUGGUUUAAAUGGUUCUGUCCCUGAAAGCUAUGCCAACCUCACUUCACUUUUGUUUGUAUCUUUCUCAAACAACAGCAUUCAGAACUUAUCUGUGGCAGUGUCUGUUCUGCAGCAGUGCAAAAAUCUCACCACCCUUGUACUUACUAAGAAUUUCCGUGGUGAGGUAAUUUCAGAAAGUGUGACAGUAGAAUUUGAGAGCCUUAUGAUUUUAGCACUUGGGAAUUGUGGUCUUAAAGGCCAUAUUCCUUCUUGGUUAUCCAAUUGCAGGAAGUUGGCAGUUCUUGACUUGUCUUGGAACCAUUUGAAUGGUAGUGUUCCUUCUUGGAUUGGUCAGAUGGACAGCUUGUUCUAUUUGGAUUUCUCAAAUAAUUCUCUCACAGGAGAAAUACCAAAAGGUCUGGCAGAGUUGAAGGGCCUCAUGUGCGCUAACUGUAAUAGAGAAAACCUUGCUGCUUUUGCAUUCAUUCCUCUCUUUGUUAAGAGAAACACAAGUGUAAGUGGACUGCAAUAUAACCAGGCAUCAAGUUUCCCUCCUUCAAUUCUCUUGAGCAAUAACAUAUUGAGUGGGAAUAUAUGGCCUGAAAUUGGUCAAUUGAAAGCACUGCAUGUCUUGGAUUUAAGCAGAAACAACAUCGCUGGUACCAUUCCUAGCACAAUUUCAGAGAUGGAGAACUUGGAAUCAUUAGAUUUGUCUUAUAAUGAUCUUUCAGGAGAAAUUCCUCCAUCAUUUAACAACCUCACAUUCUUGUCAAAGUUCAGUGUGGCACAUAAUCGCUUAGAGGGACCAAUUCCAACUGGAGGGCAGUUUUUAAGCUUCCCUAGUUCAAGUUUUGAGGGCAACCUGGGGCUUUGUAGGGAAAUUGAUUCUCCUUGCAAAAUAGUCAACAAUACAAGUCCCAACAAUUCUUCUGGUUCUUCCAAAAAACGUGGUAGAAGCAAUGUCCUUGGCAUAACAAUCAGUAUAGGGAUAGGGCUUGCACUGCUUCUUGCAAUUAUUCUGCUAAAAAUGUCAAAGAGGGAUGAUGAUAAGCCUAUGGAUAACUUUGAUGAGGAACUCAAUGGUAGGCCACGCAGGUUAUCCGAAGCACUUGCUUCCUCAAAGUUGGUGCUUUUUCAGAAUUCAGAUUGCAAGGAUCUUACAGUUGCAGAUUUGUUAAAAUCCACAAACAAUUUCAACCAGGCAAAUAUUAUUGGUUGUGGUGGGUUUGGUCUUGUCUACAAGGCAUAUCUUCCAAAUGGUGCAAAAGCAGCUGUCAAGAGACUUUCUGGGGACUGUGGUCAGAUGGAACGUGAAUUCCAAGCUGAAGUAGAGGCCCUCUCAAGAGCUCAACACAAGAACCUUGUUUCUCUGAAAGGUUAUUGUCGGCACGGCAAUGACAGAUUGCUAAUAUACUCAUACUUGGAGAAUGGAAGCUUGGAUUAUUGGCUGCAUGAGUGUGUGGAUGAAAAUUCAGCUCUCAAAUGGGAUUCAAGACUCAAGGUUGCACAAGGCGCUGCUCGCGGAUUAGCUUACUUGCAUAAGGGGUGUGAACCAUUCAUAGUGCAUCGAGAUGUUAAAUCUAGCAACAUACUUUUGGAUGACAACUUUGAAGCUCAUUUGGCUGAUUUUGGUCUCUCAAGGCUACUUCAACCGUAUGACACUCAUGUCACAACUGAUUUGGUAGGAACUUUAGGAUACAUUCCUCCUGAAUAUAGUCAGACACUGACGGCAACCUUCAGGGGUGAUGUCUAUAGUUUCGGUGUUGUUCUUCUCGAGCUUCUUACUGGUAGAAGGCCUGUGGAAGUCAUCAAGGGGAAAAACUGCAGAAAUCUGGUGUCUUGGGUGUAUCAGAUGAAAUCUGAGAAUAAGGAGCAGGAAAUUUUUGAUCCAGUAAUUUGGCACAAGGAUCAUGAGAAACAGCUAUUGGAGGUGCUUGCCAUUGCGUGUAAAUGCCUAAACCAAGAUCCUAGGCAGAGACCCUCUAUUGAAAUAGUUGUUUCAUGGCUUGAUAGUGUAAGAUUUGAUGGUUCUCAACAGUGAUCUUAGUUGCAUUCGUGCCCUGAUGUUUGGGUUUUGGUUGGUGUAUCAUUGACUACACAGUUGUAAAGCAAGUUUGUUGUAUGAAGGUGGAAUGUUAUUGAUACAGUUACUGCCUUAUUUCGUUUUUUAGUCCCUUAGUUCAUUAAUACUGAUAGGUAUAAUAUGUAUAAAUGAUAAUUUUGGCAAUGAUACAGUUACUGCAAUAUUUUUUUUUUCA